UCGGCGUCUUCGCCUAGUAAAGAGAAUUCCGAUGGAGAAUUUCUCUGAUCCAGUUUUACAUACAUAUAUACGUACGUGUAACGUUUAUUAAUGAUGUGAAGUGAGACCGGCCGAAUUCAGAAGGCAAGAUUUGAUGCACGUUUAAAAUCCAGAAUAAUUGUGAUCGUUAAAUGUGAAUGCCUUGAUAAGACCUUAGAUUAUGAAUAAUCCAGCAUGUGAAUCAUGUAAACUAUUAAAACAAUUUCACAAAUUCUAAUCAAUUUUCAUACGUAACGUGUUUUUCAAAAGAAUAUUUUUGUAUUUAUCGAAGGAAGUGCAGUGCCAAGUAGCGAACCCGGCGUAAGCAAUCGAUAUCUACCAAACAGCACUCUGCUGUUGCCGCAACUCGCAGUCACGUGCAACAGACCUUAAUGACUAUUCGAUGCGCUUGUGUUUCGAAUUUUACUUCCGGUAGUACGAGCUAUGCAAGUUCUUUUAACGAGAAUCAAAUUGCUGUUGUUGCUCGCGAUGCGCGUCGAUAUUUCGAAUGUGAAAAAAAAUUGUAUUCUUUAAGAAAUGACAGCUUAAUGAAAAUUAAAUGAAACAAAAGAUUGUUAACAGCUUCAGCGUUUGCUAAAAGCUUAAAGACGUGCUCGUAGAAAACUGUGGACCGUUUGGUUUACGACAUUUCGUUAUAAGAGGCUAAUUUGUUGCCAGAACGGUUCGAAUGGAAACGGCGAGACAAAUCUCCGAGUUAAUUGGUUCGUUCCAAAGGUAUGAUGGUUAUCGCGCUCGCGCGGUCACACCGCGUUCAGGUUCCAUUUUUGUCUCUGUCGUUUUUACGUAAUCGACGGGGAAUCUAGGUUACGACAGCUCGUGCUCCUUCGUGGAUAUUUUUCUCGUGUUCGGUCAAAUUGAUACGAAUGACAAUUAACCCGAAUAUCGAAAUAAAAGAAAGCCGAGCCUGGAACCGGACAGGUAGUUCCUUCGGCAAACUCCCGCCAUGUAUACGUCGCCGUUGCUUUUGUUGCAGCUCACUUCGUUCGCUUUGGCGCAGAUUUCGUUCAUCGACCUUGACGAGGGCCGUAUUGUUGGAGGCGAGCCAGCGAGUAUCGAUGAGCAUCCGUACCAGGUCUCCCUCCGAUUUAGCAAUCGUCACGUAUGCGGUGGCGCUAUCAUUAGCGAGGAAUGGAUUGUCACGGCUGCCCAUUGUGUACAAAGCCCUUACGACUAUCCCAUUUCGAUCAAGGCGGGCACAUCUGAUCUCAGGGAUGAGGAUGCCAUCAUAGUGGUCGCGAAAGAAAUUAUCACGCAUGAGAAUUAUCAAAGAAGCAUCGCGGAUUAUGACAUUGCCCUGAUUCGAUUGGAAAAGCCGUUGGUAUACAGCUCGCGGGUGAAACCUAUACUGCUGGCGCCGAUUGCCGAUUAUUAUGCCGCUGGUAGCAGAGCAGUGGUCACCGGAUGGGGAGUCACGAGAGGCGGCGGAGCGGUGACCGCCCGGUUACGUAAGGUCGAGGUCCCGCUCGUUUCCAACGCUCAAUGCUCGCGAUUAUACAUGACCCGGCCAAUCACCAGGAGAAUGAUCUGCGCCGGCUACGUGAACGACGGCGGGAAGGACGCGUGCCAGGGUGAUAGCGGUGGACCAUUGGUACAGCACGACAAAUUAAUAGGAAUCGUAUCUUGGGGUUUCGGAUGCGCGCGACCAUCUUAUCCAGGUGUUUACACGCGUGUAACUGUGGUUCGUCGUUGGAUCACACAGAAAACCGGUCUGUGAAAUUCAUCACGCGGAUGAGAUACGUUGUAGAUCACGAACUCGAAAAUUUACUCAGCAAGCAGAUAUAUAUCUUCACCCCGGCACUUUGUAUUUAGAAGAUAAACAAUAAUUACUUUGUGAAAAUAAAUAAUCAAGCCACGUGUUAUCGCUUAAUUGCUAUUUUGUAUCGUAAUCAUAUUAUAUUAUAUUAUUGUUCAAUAACGAAUCACAUUUAGUAUUAUCUUUUCCAUCAAAUAAUUACCAUCCACAAUUAUGAAAUGUUUGCUCUAUUCGUGGUUGGGAAAAUUAAUCAUGAAUAUUCCGUACGCGCACGUUAAAUGUUUCAUAUGUAAUUUUACUAUAAAUUAGAAAUUAUUAAUCGUCUAUAAACUCUUUUUUAUUUUACCUUCCAUGUUUCAACUGUGAAUCAAUACAUGAAAUCUUUGUAGUAC